AUGAAUGCACCCAUAAACACAGAGGAAGUCCUGCAGGAGGUUUUCGAGCUCUUCUCAGAGACGGAGGGAAAAGACCUCGUAAAAAGAGAGAAUGUUUCCCUCCUGCUUGAAGCGCUCGGAUGCAUCGUAAAAUCCCACGAUGUAGAGGCAUCUCUCCCCCCCAGGAAAGAGAUUUUUACGCUCGACGAGAUACGGAGAAUUCUUGCCGCGGAGAGACUCAGCAUUCUCUCGCAGAAAGAGGUUUUGGAGGCUUUCCACGCAUUCGACAGGAAUAAAACCGGAAAAAUGGCCGUCUCCACGCUAAAGGCGAUCCUCCAGGCAGGCCCAGGACUCUCGCAGGAGGAGAUAGACGCUGCCCUGGAGAUUAUGAGCCCCACUCCAGAGGGCGUUGUAGAGUACGCGAAGUCAAAACUCUUCCAAGUCCCAGAAAAAGAAGAAGCAGAAGAGUAG